GCGAGCGCAUCGGGGAGGUGAACGCCGUGACCUUCAAGGGCGCAGCGGUCGGCACCUCCAAGGACGGCACGGCCGGCAACGCGGAGCUCUUCAUGAAUGCGUGGGAGGCCAUGCUGAAGCAAACGGCUGUUCUGAAGUUCGACUGGGCCAUCAAGGUGGACCCCGACGCUGUCGUCGUGGCAGACCGGCUGCGUGACCACCUCCGCGGGUGGUCGGGCAAGAAGGCGUUCGUCAGGAACUGCAACAAGAAGCCGCUGGAGAAGGAGUUCCCGAUGAUGUUCGGCUCGCUCGAGGCGAUCUCGAGCGCAGCGCUGGCGGUGUACAAAGACGAGGCGGAGCGCUGCAAGAACGAGCUGGAGUGGCGUCCCUGGGGCGAGGACUUCUUCCUCGGGAAGUGCCUCCCCCAUUUGGGCAUCGACCCUGUCGACGACUUCACUAUCAUCAGCGACGGCGUCUGCACCGAUGUCAACUGCUACGACAGUUGGUCGGCCGCGUUCCACCCGUUCAAGAGCGACUGGGUGACGUGCUGGGAGGCGGCCACGGCGGGCGGCAGCCCGGGCCCGCUGCUGCCCCCGCGGCCCUGA